AUGAAGCGACAUCUUGAAGCGAAUUCUCAGCAGUCUAUACAAGAUUUCAAAACAGAUGAUCGUGAUAAUGGUGAACAACAAGAACCUUCGGGAGAGAGUUAUACGAGCGAAUUGAUCGAUCGGUUUCAUAGAAUUUAUAUUCAUGAUCAAGAAGAAAUUCAGCAAUCGGAAAGGAUUUUGGGAAAAUUAAAUAAUAAUAUUAAUGAUGGUUGUGAUGAUGAAGAUUCUGAAAAAGAAAUGAUGAUAGUUAAUAGGUUGCGUACCAUGCAGGAUGAUAUGAUGAUUUUACAAGUUGGCAAUGUAGAGUUUCAUACAUGCAGAAAUACGGUGAAGGAAAUUGCUGAGGUGCAAGUUUCGGAUUUGAAAGAUAGAAAUCCACAUGUUUUUGAGUUUAUUUUGGAAUAUUUGAGGAGUAGACAAGUUGAUGCCAUUGGCAUUGAUGUGUUAAAUUAUGAUCAAUUGAGAGAUAUUGAAAAGGAGGCAGAAUUUUUCAAAUUGAACGAAUUGAAGGAAUAUAUUGCUGACUUGAUUGUCAAGUAUCAUUUGAAUGAGUGCAAUGCUGAUAGAAGUGAAUGCGACAAGAUUGUUAAAGAUAGAGUUAAUACAGAAUUAUUGGAUCAAUCUAUUAGAAAUAUGAAUUCUCAAACAGAAAAAUCUAGAGAAAGUUCGCAAUUACUUGCCAAGCAACUUGCUGAAAAGUACCAAAAUUUUAUUAAUCACAACUCACAAGAUGCAAGUGUAAAUGUGAAUGUAUCAGGUCAGCUCUAUUCCAUACCCUUUUCUUCUUUGGCAAAAUUUGACAAUUUUCUUAUUACCAAAUAUAUCCAAUCACCAUCCUUCAAGCUCAAUCAUAAGGGACAAAUUUUCAUUGAUAGAAAUCCGGAUUUAUUCAGACUGAUUCAUGGAUACUUAAUUUCACAUGGUAAAUUCAACCAUUUCCCACGUAGUAUGUCAAAUGAAAGAAAAAGUCAACUCUUUUUGGAAGCCAAGUUUUAUGGAUUGGAGACUAUGACCAAGGAUUAUCUGGAUCCAUGCAGAUAUCCUAUUGAAUUGCUCUCUAUAGAAAACAUUAGACUCAAAGAACGAGAAGACAAAUUAAGAGAAUUAUUUGUGAAAGAUAGGAAUAAUGAAUUAUUGAAAGUUCCCUAUCUGUUCCUAUCUCCUCUCUUUGAAGUCAAAGAUGUGAUUCAGUCAAAGGGAAAGUUUAAAAUCAAUUUUUCUGAUUGUCCAAAGCUAUUGAAUUUAUGUGAUGUCACAACCUAUUCCAAACAAGCUCCAAAAACAUGUCUUGUUUCUAAUUUGGAAACCUUCAAACAUAAUUUUUCGAAUUUAACUAAGAGAUUGUUGGAUGGCAUGGAUUGGUCUGGUGUUUUCGUUGCAGGAGGUAGUGUCUUGGGAUGUUGUUUGAAAGAAAUUCCAGUAGAAGAUCAAGCAUUUAUUGCACAAGCAACACCUGUUAAAAUUGAAAACGAUAUCGAAGGACUUAAGGAUAAAGAAUUCAAAGAUUCUGAUACUUUUUACGUUGUUGGAGCUAGUUUCAGAAAGAGCUUUUUUGUUGAGAAUGACCAUUUGCACAGAUUUGAAUUUUUCAAUCAUAAUAGCCGCAAAACAAUAGACUCUAAAAACUUAUCAACAACUAGCAUAGAUUCUGUCCCAAAUGCGAGAGAAGUAGCAGAUCCUAAUAUUCCUCAUGCCUUUAAAAAAUCAGAUAUUGAUUUAUUCCUCUAUGCCAUGACUGAGGAAGAAGCAGAACUGAAAAUUAAGCACAUUUAUCAGGUUGUUAAACAAAACUUGUCCAUUCUCAAAUCAUCAGACACUAGGUUUGUAAGAGAAGAAAAGUAUAUAAUUUGGGGAGAAAAAAGUAAGGUAUCUCAAUAUUUCGGUGAAGCAAAACAAGAAUUCAUCAAUGAUGACAUUUUGGUUGUUCGAACAAAAUAUGCUGUUACUUUUUACAUGUAUAGAUUACCUCCUAUUCAAAUAGUACUUCGUAUAUACAAAUCACCAGCUGAAAUACUUUUGGGAUUUGAUGUAGAUAGUUGUACAAUAGGAUUUGAUGGAUCAACUGUUUGGUGCAGCGAUAGAGCUAUUAGAGCUCUUUCACACAGAACAAAUCUUGUUGAUGUAGAUAGGCAAUCUACUACUUAUACUUAUAGGCUGUUUAAGUAUGCUAAAAGAGGAUUCUCUUGUGCAGUACCAGGAUACCAUCAUAGUUUGGUAAAAAAUCAAUAUUUGCAUUAUCCUAGAAGAGUUGUGUGCUCACACUUGAAGGACAAACUUGAGGGAUUGGCAAAACUGCUUCUCUAUGACUUUGCUUGCAGAAGCAGAAAUCCCAAGUUGCUCCUUGGCUCCUACUAUAAUGAUGAAUCUUUGAGAUCCAAGCAUUUGGAAUUGUCUAAAGAAAUUGUAGAAAAGAAAUCAGACUAUCUGGAUCUAACUAUUUUAAAGUACGACAAGUUCACACCUAAAAUGUUGGAUAAAACCUUGCAGAAAAAUAAGUGUAAAUUCCUUAUUCAUUCUCUCAAUGAUUUGGACUAUAUUCUCAAUGCUACCGAUUCCUUGGAUAAAUCAGACGUAUCGAAUAGAAUUCAAUGGAUAACAAUAGAACCAAGCACUCAAAGAGUUGGUAGUUUUAAUCCAAUUACGAGAAAUUUCUAUCAUGACGCCUACCAUCCAGUUCAACCAAAGGAUUUACUUUUAUUGGACGAUUUGAGACGUGAGGAAAAAAAAUUACAAAUACAAAAAUGGUGCAAACCAGUAAGGGAGGAUUCAGCCAACUCAGUUAAUAUCACUAACAUCAGGUUUCGGAGGGGAUUCGAAAAACAGCUACUCAAAGUGGAAUUAUAUCCUCCUGAUAUUUCAAACAGAAUUGAAAAACUAUAUAGACAAUUUUUGUUUUUAGGAAAACCAGUUGAGGUAGAAAUUUCACCAUACGAAAGGGUUAAUUUUAUUGCUUUUAAAGUUCUCUAUUCCAGUGACCAUCCACUCUAUCCAAACAGUUCAGAUCUAUUAUUCAGAGACCUAGUGGAAGUUAAAAAUCAAUUAUUGGAUUACGAAGAAUUACGAAACGAAGGAGAAGAUUUACCAGAAGAUUGUAACGUAGUUGUUGGACUAUGUGCUGCCAAAUUGAUACUUUUUGCAGCACUCCUUUGUUGCAUUGGAUUCUCACUACAACAAGAACCUUCCAAACUAUUGGAAACAUACAACCAUGUAGAAAAUUUAUUCGAAACAGUUUCCAACACUCCAAAAUUAAAUGUACAAACCACACAAACAAUUUCAAACACCCAAAGAAUGCUCGUACAUGUCAAAAUACGUGAUAAUACCAUCAUGACAGAUGACUUUCUCAAUAGAAUGGCACAAUUGAUGAAGGUUGACAAUUACAAGGAAUUUCAAUUUCAUUCCGACAUUCCAGUUUUUACUACAAGACUCACAACACUUCAGAUUCAAGAGCUUUCGAAUAAUAAUUUUGCUAAAUUGAAUAUUGAAUGGAUCAAGAAGGUUUCGAAUUCAGAUAAGAAAUCAUUUACGAAACUUAGUUUGGAUUCGUUGAAACUUGGUGGCUUGAAGAUUGUAUUAGAUAGUAAACUAAACGAAAUGGAAAGAUUGCAAACGAUGAAUAGAUUGAGAAAUUGGUACCUUUCCAGUUAUACUCAAAAAAUGACUCGAUCCUUGUCCAAACUAAACAUUCAACAAAUUCAACAAUCCAUUCAUAAUUCGAAACUUGCCGAAACUGCACUUUCCACUCAACAAGACGAAACUAUCAUUCGUGAAUUCAUCAGAGAUCAAGCCAACUCUCUAUUCGACCUCGAUUGGCAAAGUGAAACUCAUGCUGUUCAAGUCACACUCGCAAACUUUGAUUACGGAGUUUGGAAAUUGAUCAAAGAAGGAAAAUUUGAUUCUCCAAUUGUUCAAUCAUUGAAAAGAAGAGAAGAAAUUCAAAAGUUCUUCAAGAUGAAUCAAGAACUUGAAGGAUUAAUAGAGGACAUGUCAAGUGAGAUGGGUCAGGAAUUGUUAAAUUACUUGUCGAGUGAUGAUUCUGUAGAUGUGGUCAUUCGUCAACGUAUUCAUGAGAUUAAGAAUUAUGGAGCCAAUCAAGUGAUUCAAAAUGGAGGUGGAUCCAAUUAUACCUACAUGUGGAAUAAUGGAAUUACAGGUGCCUCUGAGGUUGUUUCAGUUAUCGAUACUGGAAUAACUCUUGGACAUUGUCUCUUUACUGGCAGUAGUGAACCAAGCACCAAGACAAGUGUUAAUUUGAAUUAUAGAAAGGUCGUUUACUAUAAUAAGAAUGGACAGUAUGGUGAUUUGACAGAUGGAGAAGGUCAUGGCACUCACGUAGCAGGAACCAUUGCUGGAUAUCCACAAACACUUGGAACCACAGUCAUGGAUAAGAAUGUUGGUGUGGCCAAGGAUGCCAAACUCUAUGCAGUGGAUGUGCAAGCAGGAGCAAAUGGAGGAUUAUACAUUGGUGAUAUGAAUACCGUUUUGUCUAAUGCAUUUACCAAUGCUGGAUCUAAAAUUUCAAGUAACAGUUGGGGAUGUGGUAAUCCUUAUGAUUGUGAUUAUGAUUGUAAAUGCUAUGAAUUGAAUUCUGAUAAUACUCGAGGUGCUGCUGUCACUGAUGCCUCUUGUAUGGCAUUGACUGGUACCAGAUGUUGUCACUAUUGUAAUCUUUAUGGAUAUGACAGUAAUAGAGUUGACACUUUUUUGAGUUCAAAUGAUGAAGUGACUGUUGUAAUGGCUGCUGGUAACGAUGGUGAAUACUCAACUGAUUCCAAUUUGGGAGAUCCAUCCACAUCAAAGAAUUCAUUGACAGUUGGCGCUUCCUAUGCACCAUCUUCCUAUUACAAGCAGUUCUUUACAAGCAGAAAUUAUACCGUUUUUGAAUUUGAGAAUAUGGCUAGUUUUUCUGGAAAAGGACCUACCUAUGAUAAUAGAAUCAAACCAGAUAUUGCUGCACCAGGUUACAGUACAAUCAGUUCUUUGAAUACUGCUUCUUGUGAUCCUGUAGGAAAAUCUGGAACUAGUAUGGCAACUCCUGCAGUUUCUGGAGCAGCAGCUUUGGUAAGACACUACUUGGUAAAGGAUAAUAAGAAGAAAUUAGUCGAUUACAAUAUUUUCAAUAGUUCACCUUCUCAAACCUUGUCAGGGACUUUGGUCAAAGCCAUGAUUCUGCACUCAGGAGAAGUCAUGAAGGGAUUUGUGCAAAUUGGAGGUACUGAUUUGUAUUUGAGUCAAUUCAACUCACCAAACAAGUACAAUGGUUUUGGAAGAAUCAAUUUACAAAAUGUCUUGAAGAUUGACACUGAUUCAGCAAGUGUGAACAGAAUUAAGAAUAUUCUCGUAGCCAAUAGAUAUUCACUUGAUGCCAAUCAACAAGUUGACAUUCCUUUGAAGGCCAAUUCUGUAACCACACUGAAAGUUACCAUUGCUUGGUACGAUUUACCAUCUGCUGCUGAUACACUUAGCUCUGUAAAAACCAAGAAACUCAUCAACGACAUUAGUGUUGUCGCAGUUGUUGGAAAGAAAUAUUAUUAUGGAAAUGGAGCCAUCACAGGCAACACUCUCGAUACGGUCAACACUGCAGAAAGUAUUGUAAUUUCCAAUUUACCACAAGGUAAUUUCACAGUCAAGGUUGGAGCCAAAUCCACCAAUAAGGGAAAACAAGCAUUCAGUAUGGUCAUUACUGGGGAUGUUACCUUAGCAGAGAAACCAUCUGCUCCAACUACCAUUCCAUCAACUGGUAGUCCAUUUACUGAAGUUAUCAAUGCCACAUCUUCUCUUUCAAAUCCUGUUGUUGGACAAUCUACAAAUGUUAGAUGUUCACUUAUCUUAAUCUUGAUCAUUUCGAUUAUUAACUUUCUCAUGUAAAUUAAUGCAAUAACACACUGCUUUUUGUUAUAUUAUUGGAAUAAAUCUCAAUUUAAAAAUUUC